AUGGCGCCGAGGCCACCGAUCUCGAAUCGACCUCUUCCUCAAGUUCGCGGCACGCCCAUGAACCCCGGGGCGCUGACCACACAGCUCAAUACUCAUGGAACUGUAGCAGCAUCCUCCACUGAAACCCAGACAAUGUCGAACCCCGGCCAACACGUCCAAGUCCAACGGGCUCUGCCCACCAGCAAUGGGUCCAGGCCCAGCACACCCCCAUCGUCCGCGAACUCCACGGCUAUCACAGACGUGGCAGAACAAAUGCGCUCCAUCAUGGAGAGCCUCGAGCGACAACCUCCGACGGCGGAAAAUAGGGCCCAGGCGGCGAUCAUGGCACGCAAUCUUGCAGAGCUGAGGGAGAAGAUGGAUGCCGCUGCUUCUGCUGCGCAGCCACGCCUCAGUGCCGACGCGCCAGAGUUCACGCCCUCGCCAUCUCAAGAGCGCGGUAGGCAAGGUGCGCCAUCCGCUGGCAACGAACGUGGUGCAGUCGGAGGAGGUAAUCCUUUGAACCAGGGCGGAAUGGUGGUGCCGACGUUCACGUUCACGAGCGAGUCGCCGGGCCAGCCACAACAGCAGUAUACGCAGGAGGAGGUGCGCACGCAAAUCGCUGCAAUCUAUGGCAGCUCGGCGCAGAACAAUGUUUCGCAACUUCCGGUGGUGAAUGGGUCGGCAAUGGCAUCGUUUCAUGGGCAUAUGGAGCCGAUAACCAUAAACCCGGUGACUGGUCGGCCUCGGACGCCUCUUUCGCACUUGACGGCUAUUUCGAAUAAUGCUCGGCGUCGUUCCCAAGAGCGAGCUGAGCGAGAGGCGGUAGUGUCGCAGGCUCAGCUAGAUCAGAUAAUCCAGCAAAAUCUGGCUCAAGAGCAGCAAAUGCAACAAGCUCAGCAGCUCCAACAAGCCCAGCAGGCUCAGCAAGUUCAAGCCCAGCAGAUGCAAGCACAGCAAUUCCAACAAGCCCAGCAGGCCCAACAAGCUAAAGCUCAAGCCCAAGCUCAAGCUCAGCAAGCUCAAGCGCAGCAACUUCAACAAGCUCAAGCUCAGGCUCUACAAGCUUAUCAAGCCCGGCAAGCUCACCAAGGCCAGCAGCCUCCACCACCCCUCCAGAUGCCCCAGCCACAUCAUCAACCCCACCACUUCCAAGGCCAGCAACCUAGCAAUGGGCAAAUCUUCAAUCAAAUUCAGCAAAACUUGCAGUUUGCACCACAGCAACCCCAGCAGCAGUACCCAUUCGGCAUGAACGAUAUGUCUUACGGCCAAUCGAACCACUCCCACAUGCACCCACAGCAGCAGACGGGCAAUGAUCUUGCUUUCAACAACAUGCAAGAUUUCAGCCAGGGACCUCCUGUGGGUCCUUUCAUUCCCCAGAAUUACGAGUACCCCAGCAUGGGCCAGUUCUCGGCGCAACCAGCCAGCCAGCAGCACCAGAACAUGCCCUUCAAUAACGUGAAUUCGUUGCCAGCGCAGACGGAGACCCAAAAUGGAGUCCCAUUGACACACACGCUAGACGCUCCGAUCCCCACUAGACCCAAUAACGACAACGUCACCACAAAUCCGUCUAUGAUGACAAAGUUCACAGGUACCCCACCUCAGACUCACUCCAGGCCUGCCGUGGACGGAUCAUCAGACGACGUGGCAGGCUACUUCCCCAGCGCAUACGAGCUGACUGGGAAGUGGCACACGCUGCCGGCGACUAUGCGAACGCCUCCUCCACAAACGGUGCAGCAGCAAAACGGCAGGGACAGGCCGCGGAACGGCGAUGAUCCGGACAAUGGAGCGUCGGGACCGAGCAAUGGCGCCAACGGUGGUGUGACUGGUAAUGGAAACGGUAAUGGAAAUGGGAAUGGCAGCAUGUCUCUACCAACUGCGAAGAGUCCCAGAAAUGGCGCUAUGAAUGGCAAUGGAAAUGGGAAUGGCGGCACGACUCUGUCAAUUUCGAAGCGUACCUAUGACCAGAACGGCAAAACACACAGCCGUGGACCUAGCCAGGAUAACUCAACAACCCACAAGAAUGGCAACACUCGCCCCCAAAGCGCAUCACACACGUGGCGCUCCCAUACGCACACAAUCUCAGGAGACUUCACAACCUUGAGGCGCAACGCGGGACACCUUGAUCUCCUGGGUUCCCCGGCCUUCCCAGUAUCCGCAUCUGAAUAUGCUGGUCUGCGGGCUGAUACACUUGCGGAGAAACAAGCGCGCCUCACAGCGCAGCUGGGCGAGAUGAUGAAGAUGAAGAAAGAGCAGCAGCGGGUUGCGGAGGCAAUGAUGGGAAAGGUGCUAUAUGGGUAUUCAGCGGUGUUGGCGGAGAAGGAGGAUGUGUGGAGCGUCAAUGGUAGCACCGGAGCCGGCUAUCCAAGCGUUGCAGAGAUGAAGAGAGAGCAUGCGCUGGCGGUUUCCGAAACAGGGUCGUCUCCAGGUCGUUUCUUCCCUAGGCCAAAGGGGAUGGUGGCCAGUGUCCAGCAGGGAUAUAUGGAGGUGAGAGAGCCGGAUUUGGUGUUGGCAAACAUGCCUCGUGAGGACUGGAGUGUGAAGAGUGUCGAAAAGGCGAGGGCUUGGCAAAAUGAGCACGCCUGGGGGGAGAUCGUGGCGAAGGCGAGCAAGGAGGCUGCGCAGAAGGUCAACCAGAUUCCAACGAAUGAUUCAGAGUGGCUUGUCGGACGAGAGUUGCUUGACCGGUUGGUUUGA